GCGAUGAACAAUGUGUCACCUGCUCUCGAGCUCUAGCUGAAGAUGCUCCUGAAGCUGCUGCUGCGGACACUGCGAGGAUCUUCUGCCUAUAAAUAAAUGAUCGGAUCGAUUAAUCGACAUGAAUCCGUCCCGCAGAACCGAGAGCGACUGGCAGGGCCUGGUCAACGAGUUCCUGGUGUGUAAGAGGAAGCUGGAGAGUAAGAAGGAAGCGCUGCUGAUUCUGUCUAAAGAGCUGGACACUUGCCAGCAGGAACGUGACCAGUUUAAACUGAUGGCCAAUCAGCUGCGAGAACGUCAUCAGGGCCUGAAGAAGAAAUACAGAGAACUCAUAGAUGGUGACCCGACUCUGCCUCCAGAAAAAAGGAAUCAGGUGAAUCUGGCCCAGCUGCUGAGAGAUGCUCAGGAGAAGAACAGGAAGCUGGGGGACGAGGUGAAGGAGCUGAAUCAGAGACUGGCGGAGGUCCAUGGGGACAACAAGCUGCUGAGGAUGACCAUCGCCAAACAGCGUCUCGGUGAUGAAGAGGUCGGGGUCCGACACUUUCCAGCUCACGAGAGGGAGGACCUCGUCCAGCAGCUGGAGAGAGCCAGAGAACAGAACGAGGAGCUGGAGCACAGUCUGAAGGCGGUGACGGAUGAGCUGCAGGACGUCCGGGCGGAGAGGAAGGUCUACCAGGAGAAAGCUCAGCGCCUCAACCUCGAAAUCAACCACAUCCUCGGCUGCCAUGACAACCGCAUCCUGGAUGUGGACGCUCUGUGUAUGGAGAACAGAUAUCUCCAUGAACGCUUCGUGCAGCUUCAGGAAGAAGUGAAUCUUCUCAAAACUAAUUUAAUGAAGUAUAAGAGUGCGCUGGAGAGUAAGAAGAACUGUAAAGUUUAUGGUAAAGCUAACAGCAGCGCGCUAACGGGAGUGCUCUCCGCCAAACAAGUUCAAGAGCUCCUGCUGUCUGAGGAGAACGGCUGCAGCCUCCCGGUCACUCCACAGUCCAUCACUGACCUGAAGUCUCUGGCCACAGCCCUGCUGGAGACCAUCCACGAGAAGAACAUGGUCAUUCAGCACCAGCGGCAGACCAACAAGAUUCUGGGUAAUAGAGUAGCGGAGCUGGAGGGGAAGCUGAAAGCUCUGGAAGGUUCUGGGCUGUGGAGUCUGCCAGGCAUUACCUACAACGUCUCUGUGGGAUUAGGGAGAGGGAGGGAUGUGAUUAUUCUGAGUGAACAGCAGCAAAUCCAGCCGUCUAUUGAGCAUCCAGUACCACUGAGACAGGCGUCUGUAGGAGAUGAGGAGAUUGUGACCGGUGAGGAGGUGACAGAGGACACGGCUCUAUCUGCAGAACCGGGUCACCCUGACCCAACCGAAGCUUUCCUGCAGCAUCAGCACCACGGCACCACUUACUCCAGUACCACAGAACCGGCAGCACCCAGCUUCCCAACACAGACCACGCCCCCCAGCACCGGUACCGGCACCAGCAGUGACCCGAGCAGCCAGCACAACUACCCGACAUGCUCAGAACUAGACGAGACGACUGCUGACCCAGUGGACAUCAGAGUACCAGACCAAUACCAGCCACAGACUCUGGACCUGGAACACCUGGAUGAUCAGGAUGACCUGAAUGAUCUGGACCCGGCUAACUCUGAAAACCAGAACUCAGAACCGUCUCAGGCUGCUGUGGAAAGUCCAGCAGAGGCAGCUGAGCCAGACAGUGCUGAGGUCCUGUGUUCUGAUCCAGAUCCUGAUCCUGAUAUUCAGGGUCAGACGGAGAGCCCGGUUAAGGUCUCAGAAGAACCGGACUGUGAGGAUUACACAGUACUGUCUGAACCUUCAGCAGAACAGAGAGCAGAGAGCCCGGCAGAGCAAGAAACGGACCAGAACCUCCAGCUUCCAGAACCACAAGCUGCAGAACAGGCGUAGUAGAAGCCUGUAGAACUGUUAAAGGACAACUUGCAACAUUCAGAAAUGCUAAAUGCUAAUGUGGCUAACAGUGAGUGUUUUUACAUGCACGUCAAUAUUUGAUUACUGAAAAAUAUCAGAAAUCCGUUUAUCAAUAAUCUGAUCAAUCCGUCUACAUCAGUUAAGCAUCAGCAGUUAAGUUUGAGAACGGGCCAGAUAUUUUUUAAGCAAUUACAAGGCAUGUAAUAGGAUGGAGUGCUACAGACUAGUAACUCUCCAGCCCAGAGGGUUGUUGAACCCAAUUGCAGAACAGUUGAUCUCAAAGCAGGUAAACUUUUCUUUCCUAAGAAGAAAGGAAAAAAUAAAUAAAUAAAUAAACACAACGCCCCUCACGCAGGAUCAAACCCGUGUUGUCAGGGUCGCGGUCCAAUACACUACUGCUGCCCCGGCUAGUGAAUUGGGACACAGCCGGGAAAAAAAGCCCUUAUAAGGAGAUAGGGAGCCCAAAAAAUGAAAAAAAACUAAAACAGGCGGAAACUAAAGUCACACCAAGCGCGACAGAGAGAGACAGGGGAGGCAUGUAAACAAAAGCUCACCAGAGAAACAUUUUAUUUAUUUUUUUUUUUCAUUAUAGUUCAAACAACCUCACGGGCCAGAUGUUUCAUGCUUGCAGGCCACAUCUGCCUAUUGCCGACACCUGGUCUACAUGGACUUGGGUAAUCAGAUAAUGGGAAAACUCAGAGGCUGAAAUUGAUCUUGUACACUAUAUAGGGAAAGACCAUUUAGAGUACGUAUAGACCUUUUUCACAGUGUCUGCAUCGUCACAUCAGUCUCUGAAUAUCAGUGUUAUGGUUAUAUUUUCUCCUACACUGUUUAACAUGCGCUCGCCGGUUUUCAGACUCCAUCAACCAUCUUUACUGAGCUUCAGCACAGCUAACAGGAGCUCAGCUAACAUUUGUGGACGUUCUGCUGUGUACUGCUGCACAGAGCUCCAUGUGAGACCCUUCCACAGCACUGCUGAUUACUGGAGCUCGGCUGCAGCAACUUCUGCAUUCAGAUGAAGGAGCAAUUUUUACACAGCAGAGCGAUUCUUUAUGAUCAGCACAUCUCUGAACUACACAAUAAUAAAACAAUAAUAACAUUUAGUGAGCUUCAUUCUGUUCCCCACUCACUUACUCACACACAUUAAACUACUCACCAGCACACGCUGCUAACAGUCCUCACUGAUAAUCAUCUAAAUAAACGCUCAAUAAAAUGAAUUCAUGCUGA